CGGAGCUGACGACACGUUGGGCAAGAAGCAUGGCGGACGAGGAGAGCGUAAAGCCAAACACAGAUGAAAAACUCGAGGUUUCGAGCAGUGAUGAAGGCAGCAGUCACGCUGAUAUCGGCGAGAACGAUGAGACGGUGAAGACCUUCAAGGAUCUGGGAGUUACUGAGGUUCUCUGUGAGGCUUGUGAUCAGCUGGGAUGGAAGAGCCCCACAAAGAUCCAAGUGGAAGCUAUACCAGUGGCUCUGCAAGGUAAGGACGUUAUUGGCCUGGCGGAGACUGGUUCAGGAAAGACUGGUGCCUUUGCUCUGCCUAUCCUCCAGUCGCUGCUGGCCUCACCCCAGAGGCUUCAUACGCUUGUUCUCACCCCCACCAGAGAGCUGGCAUUUCAGAUCUCGGAGCAAUUUGAGGCUCUGGGCUCCAGCAUUGGUGUUAAGUGUGCUGUGAUAGUGGGUGGAAUCGACAUGAUGUCCCAGUCCUUGGUGUUAGCGAAAAAGCCGCACGUUGUUAUUGCUACACCCGGUCGCUUGAUUGAUCACCUGGAGAACACGAAGGGCUUCUCCCUACGAGCGCUGAAGUACCUGGUCAUGGAUGAAGCAGACAGAAUCCUCAACAUGGACUUUGAAACUGAGGUGGAUAAAAUCUUGAAGGUGAUUCCCAGAGAAAGGCGCACCUUCUUGUUCUCGGCCACCAUGACCAAAAAGGUCCAGAAACUACAGAGAGCAGCUUUGAAGGAUCCUGUGAAGUGUGCAGUGUCUACAAAAUAUUCCACAGUAGACAAACUGCAGCAGUACUACAUUUUUAUACCAUCUAAGUACAAGGACUGUUACCUGGUUUCCAUCCUCAACGAGCUGGCCGGAAACUCCUUUAUGAUUUUCUGCAGCACAUGUAACACUGCCCAGCGGGUGGCGCUGUUGUUAAGGAAUCUUGGCAUCACUGCUAUCCCUCUGCAUGGACAGAUGAGUCAGAAUAAGCGUCUUGGAGCUCUGAACAAGUUCAAGUCCAAGUCUCGUUCAGUGCUGCUGGCAACUGAUGUGGCGUCCAGAGGACUGGAUAUUCCUCAUGUCGACUGUGUCAUCAAUUAUGACAUUCCCACUCACUCUAAGGACUACAUUCACAGAGUUGGCCGAACAGCCAGAGCAGGACGAUCUGGGAAAUCCAUCACUUUUGUCACUCAGUAUGAUGUGGAGCUUUUCCAGCGAAUUGAAAGCUUGAUUGGGAAGAAACUUCCAGCCUUUCCUACUCAAGAGGAGGAAGUGAUGAUGUUGGUGGAGAGGGUGAGCGAGGCCCAGAGAUUUGCCAAAAUAGAAAUGAAGGAACAAGGUGACAAAAGGAAAAGGCCCAAAAGAGGAGACGGAGACGAGGAUGACACGGAACAGGCGACCGGCGUGAGGAAGAAAGUUAGAGGAGGAGGUGGAGGAGGGAAGAAGCGGGGUGGAGGAGCCUGGAGGGGGGGACGCUGAAGAGCCUAACAUUAACGGACUGCACAGAACUAUGACAUACGACGUCUUUAGUGUUUUUGAUGUAAAACUUAAUUGUUAUGACAGCAUGUUUUCCACUGCUUCGUUUGAAAGCAAAUGACUAUUUAAUUACAGAAAACAUGUUUUUCUCACCCUGUAUGAGUUGUUUCCAUUUGUAAUAAAACU